AUGACCGACACCAGCGAGCACGCCCGGCACGUAUCAUACGAACAAGUAAAAUCUAUAAUAGACUUCAUGGGCCAGCAUGUAGAGUUUGCUUCUGGCAACCUCCGCUCUUUAGAAGCAAGACAUACUUCCAAAAGACUAUGGAGUGAACUGACCAAGGUCUUGAACAGUUGUAGAGGUGGUACUCAGAAAACUUCUGAUGGUUGGAGUAAGUAUUGGAGUGACUUUAAGAACAAACUAAAGAACAAAGCAUGGCUAUUAAAAAGAAAGAAGUCGGGGAGUUCGUUGAAGGGCAUUAGACCUCUAACUAAAUUAGAGAAAAGGGCAUUAGUUAUAUUAGGACCUUAUUUUGAUAAAAAGAAGCCCAGAGAAGUGUUUACAGAAACAAACCAGGAUCCAUUGCCGCCUGAAGUAAAACUGGAAACAUUCCAAGAGAUAGUGACAAGUGACUACAAUAAAACUCAAAGUGAAUCUAGCGAUAGAUUAUCAGAUCGUGAUGACAGAAGCAACAGCGGAGAAUCAUCUGGUGGAGAAUACGUAGACGAUAAUGAAUCCAACGAACCCGUCCUUCAAAAUUUGUAUCCAAAAUGGCUGAUAGAAGUAGAAAAAAAGCGCGCAGAUGCAGAGUUAAUACGAGCGAAGGCUGAAGAGCAGCGAGCUGUGGUCGCCGCCAAGAACUCGGAGGCCGCGAAGGUGCAGGCCGACGCGCUCAAGCGCCUCGCUGAGGCCGCCUCUCUCCAGGCGCAGGCUAUACUAAGGAUAGCAACCGUGCUUGAGGCACGGGGACAUGGGGAUAUGCUAGCUAUUUAG